CAUCUGUAGUAUUUCAAUAUUUGCACUAGCAGAUGGCAGUGAUGACUCCUAUCAUACAGUGAAAUUCGAAUCAUGUUAUUUAUCAGUUUUCGAGUACUACUCUGUCAAUAACAUACGAUUUUUUUAGUUAAUGAACUAUCAAUUUGUUUUUUAUUUGUAACAUGUUUUAUUUAGAUUUUAUGAAAUAUGUCUGAGAAAGAAAAAACGGUACUUGUAACUGGUGGGACAGGAUUAGUGGGUAAAGCCAUUCAGAUGAUUAUUGAAAACGAUAAAAAUGAAAAUGAGAAUUGGAUAUUUGUAGGCUCUAAAGAUGCAGACUUAUGUAAUAAGCAAAGUACAGAGAAAUUAUUCGAAAAACAUAAACCAACACAUGUUGUUCACUUGGCUGCUAUGGUUGGUGGUCUAUUUCACAAUAUGGCACAUAAUUUGGAUUUUUUGAGGAAUAAUAUUCAUAUGAAUGAUAAUGUAUUACAAACUGCUCAUGAAAAUGGGGUCGUUAAAGUUAUUUCAUGUUUAUCAACUUGCAUAUUUCCUGAUAAAACAACAUAUCCCAUUGAUGAAACUAUGAUUCAUAAUGGACCACCACAUCCAUCAAAUUAUGGUUAUAGUUAUGCUAAGCGUCUUAUAGAUGUAGCAAAUAGGGGUUAUUAUGAACAACAUGGUAGGCUUUAUACCAGUAUCGUUCCUUGCAAUGUGUUUGGCCCAAAUGAUAAUUUCCAUCCUAGUGCUAGUCAUGUAAUACCAGGAUUAAUGCGCAGACUUUAUGAUUUGAUAAAAGAUGGAAAUACAGAAGAUAAAGAAUUUACAGUACUGGGUUCUGGAAAACCCUUGAGACAGUUUAUUUAUAGUUUAGAUCUAGCUAAAUUGAUAAUAUGGGUAUUGAGAGAAUAUGAUUCUGUGGAGCCAAUAAUAUUAUCAGUGGAUGAAUCACAAGAAGUUACAAUAUCGCAAGUAGCUGAAGCAAUUGCACAGGCAUUUAACUUCAAAGGAAAAAUAGUAUAUGAUGUAUCCGCAGCUGAUGGACAAUAUAAAAAAACAGCAAGCAAUGGAAAACUGCGAAAAUAUUUACCAGAUUUUGAAUUUACACCAUUCAAUCAAGCCAUUAAAGAAAGUGUUGAUUGGUAUAUAACAAAUUAUAAUCAGGCUAGAAAUUAAUGAAUGUCAGAUAUAUAUAUAUGUUCUAUUUAAAGUGUAUAAUUAUUUAAGUAAUACCAGAGGUAUUUUAAUUACACUAAAUUUAAAAUUAAGAAACUGCAUUUUUA